GUCUUCAAACCUUUGCUGUGUUGGAUGAGAAAUAUUACAAUAUGUCGUCUUUUAGGCAGUAAAUGUAUUAACCUAAAGUGCUCAAGUAGACCCAACCAUAACUUCUCUGUAACUAGGACUAUGCUGACAAAACAGAACACAGGAAGUCUUCAGGGAUGGUGUUAAGACAAUACAGACAUUUAAGAGCAACACAGGAAUGUAUGAAGACUAAGUGAGGGGAUGAAGAAGAAAAUGCAUGGUUGUUUGUUUGAUUGAUGCUAAGGUAACCUUGGUUCAUAAUUUAAAUGAGAGACAACAUAGGUCAGAUUCCUUGAAUAUAUGAUGGUGAAGUUGAAAAACUCAACUAUGGAGAUACACCAUACCACAAGAGAAGCACGUGCAGUGUCUGAACUUCUGGAGGAUGCUGGGAACUGUAGGGAGGACAUUAAACAGGAAGUUAACCUUAAUCUUCUCAGUGACUCUCUCUUCAGUGAACAGCAGAAGCUAAGGCAUGCAUUGGACUGGGCUCACAGAUUCCUCAGCAGUGGAUCAGAAGUUUACCAUGAACUCUGCAGAGCUGACAGUUUGAUUUUUGCUGAUGAAAAGCAUGAAAAGAAGAGGGAAAAAGAGAAAAGAUCAUAUAACCAUCCAUCUGCAGCCAAGUACCAUCGUCCAGUCUUCUGUCCUGCAGGUACUGAUGAGGUAUUUGAAGGAGGGAGUACACUUGAAAAGCUUAAACCAUCAAAUUACAUGAAUAGUGAACAAAAUAAUUUCCUCUGUAGACGUAAACCUCCUUUACAAGAAGAUCUCCACAUUUCCUUCUCCUUUACCCAGGGGAGAGAUGAGGUAACUUGGCCUGAGAACAGAGAAACUGAAAAUAUGAAAAGUAUGGGGCUGCAGCGAACCACCAAUAAACAAACUCCUACCCACGGCGACUGCAGAACAAGCAGACUGCACAUAUGUAAUCAAACACACCAGACAAACAUAUCUGACAGCAGUGCAAAUGAAACACUUGCAUCAGAUGCUGCAACUAGCUUGAUCAAAGAAACCUAUUCAUGUUGGUGCGAUGUCAUCGGUAAAAAGAGCACCGUGUUUGGUGAUGUGACCACCCUAAAACCAUUACUUCAAAGCAGGGAUUCCACAGAUGUAAUUUAUAAAGCGAUGGUGGAAGUUGAGAAAGAGAAAACAGAUGCUAGGUUGAAGGAAAAUGAUGGAAAUAUGCAUAGUGAACAUGAAUCCAACUCUUCUUUUAUGAGCCACAGUGAGCCAGAGAAGAUACCAGCACAGACUGCAAACCCCACUUUUUCCUGUCCCUUGGAAAUACCAUCAAAUUUAACUGUAUAUGAGCAGUACCAACUUUGUGUGGAUCAGCUGCAUCACUUCAGACAAAGCCAACAUAUCAAACCGGGAUGCUCCAUUGAGUCAACUGCAGAAGGGAGUAAGACACCUGAAGAAGCUGUAGCACCUGUUGAAGCACCAGCCAAACCUACAUCUUGCUUUGAAUUGAACUGUUCCACCACAAAUCCUGAGAUCAAAAAACAGUUUAACAAAGCAAGAAGCAGAAUGAUCACAGAGGAGUGGAGCUCAGGUGCCAUUAAUAAAAACCAGGACAGAACCACAUGUAAUAGGUAUAGGGAAACACUUAUUGGGCACAGGGAGACCAAACAUUGUGACAAUUUGACUAUGAAGGAAAGCAGACCUUUGAGUCAGAAGAACACUGCUAAUGAUGACAAACACUGUGACUUCAUAAAGAGGACUUCAGAAGCCAUAACCUCAACUGGGGUUAUAAAGACACCUGUGCAGCACUCGAGGGCUGUGCCUGAUAAUGUUCCCGGUGUGGAGGAGAGUGCCACACUUACUGCUAACUCAGUUUUGCUUCUAAAAAAGACUGAACUUCAUCCAGGCCCGAAGUGUCAUCAGAGUCGUGUCAAAGGUCAAAAGGAAACGACUGGAGAUCGAGGUCCCCAGAGGCUUUGUGGAAAGUCAAGAAUGGCCAUGUCCUCACUCACAAAUGGAGGAAUAUUACCAAGCAGAUCGCAGUCAGCAGGAGCAGUCAAACACACAAAGAAACUGAACACACAAACAUACACAAAGAGACACACACCAGAGGACAGAGUGAAACAUGCGUCACCUUACAGGGAUACACAACCAUGCCUGCAGUCUACAGAGACACACACAUGUCGUCAUGACGGUACCAGACCAACAUCACCAGCCUCAGGUACAACAGUGAAUGUUGUUGUGAACAAUACUGACUGUGGAUACAGUCCAGCAGGUGUCCCUGUGUGUGACCGCUGGCUGUGUCUGCCUGAUGAGGUGUGGCUGUCCAUCCUGUCUCUGCUGCCUCCCAGUGAUCUGUGCAGAUCAGUGCAGGUCUGCAGGCGCCUGCUCGCACUGGCUACUGAUCACACACUCUGGAAAACUCUGAGGAUUGAAAACUCCAACCUGACUGAGCAGUUGUUGCUUUUUGUGGGCAAACGUCGUCCUCGCAGCCUGAGUCUGUACAGCUGCAGUGGCCUGUCUGUCACCUCCUGUGGGCUGGAGAUGUUUUUCACUUUGUGUGGAAACUCUCUGGAGGAAGUCAAGGUUACUAGCUGCAGUGGUCCUGGUCUCCAUGGUGACCAGAUGCUGUGUCUGAUUGGGCAGCUGUGCGACCAUGUGACCAGUGUGGACGUGAGCUGGAGUGGAGCAACAGACACAGGAGUGAAAGCUCUGAGUGAUGGCUGUGGGGGGUCGGGACUAAAAUCAGUUGUCCUGAACGGCUGUCAUGUCACUGAUGACCCACUAAAGAAACUCAUCAUGAGACACAAAGAGAGUCUCUCCAGGUUGGAGGUGUUUGGCUGUCAGUUCCUCACUCCAUCCUGUCUACAGAAAAUAUUUGAGGUGUGUCCUGACCUAAAGCAUCUUAACAUCGGACAGGUUCCUAAAGUCAACAAACACAGUUUCACAGUGAUGACAUCACAUCUCAAAUGUCUCAUCUCCCUCAAUCUCACUGGUCUACAGGCGGUUACUGACGCCACAGUGGACACAUUGCUUCAAAAUGGUGUCAAACUUCAGAGUUUCACCCUCAGUUCCUGCCCUGGAGUCACUGAUCUGACACUGCACAACAUCAGCAAAUACACACCUUUCAUUAGAUACCUGGAUAUAAGUGGCUGUAAGGCAGUAACAGAUGCAGGAGUUCAGUCUCUGUCCUUGGGAUGUAGAAGACUUCAGCAGCUGGAUCUCAGCUCCACCGGUACAGGAAACAGAGGGGUUACUCUACUGGCAAACUACUGCAGUGGGCACCUCCAUACUGUCAAACUCAGUUUCUGCCACAUCACCUCAGAGAAUAUAUUGAAGCUCUGCAGACGCUGCAAGAGGUUGAAGGUGCUCCAUUUCUACGGCUGUGCCCAUGUCCCCACUGAGAGAGAGAUCAGAGAGGUCAACACUUUUGUUAAAGUUUACCCUCUGCCCUGACUCACCACACAAACAUCUGCACACAGCUGGACAGAUAUAUACACUAUACCAAAAGGCUAAAUUUAACUGUGUGACAUUAGAUAAUAUUAUAACAUGAUACUUCUAUUACAAUUAUCCCUGUGGCAUAUACAAUUAUUAGUAAUGAGGUAUUACUAAAUGAGUUCUGCUGGGUGUCAAGGAGGAUUAUGACUUAUGUUGAGAUAUCAAUAAAACACAUUUGAAUGUA